AUGGGAGACUGGUCCAUUCUCGGACGCUUCCUGUCCGAGGUGCAGAACCACUCCACAGUGAUCGGCAAGAUCUGGCUGACCAUGCUGCUGAUCUUCCGCAUCCUGCUGGUGACCCUGGUGGGGGACGCGGUGUACAGCGAUGAGCAGUCCAAGUUCACCUGCAACACCCUGCAGCCCGGCUGCAACACCGUCUGCUAUGACACCUUCGCCCCCAUCUCACACCUGCGCUUCUGGGUCUUCCAGAUCGUCAUGGUCUCCACGCCGUCCAUCUUCUAUAUCGUUUACGUCCUGCACAAGAUCGCCAAGGAUAAGAAGCCGGAGGUCCAGAGGGGGCAGGUGAUGGCUGAGCGGACCUCCAAGAAGGUGUUUGUGCAGCUGGUGAGGAAAGGGCUGGAGAACAUGGAGACUGGUAUGUCCACCGACUACCCUGGAUACAGAGAGGAGUGGGGUGGUCAGGAAGGGGAGGGGGUGGAGCAGAGCCUGCUAGAGGAGGACUGUGGAGAGGUAGGCGAGGACCCAACUCAGCUGUCCAGCCAGGUGCUGCUAAUAUACAUCCUGCAAGUGCUGCUGCGCUCCGUCAUGGAGAUCACCUUCCUGGUGGGGCAGUACUACCUGUUUGGCUUCGAGGUGCCCCAACUGUACCACUGUGAGACCUACCCCUGCCCCACCCGCACAGACUGCUUUGUGUCACGAGCCACCGAGAAGACUAUCUUUCUCAACUUCAUGUUCAGCAUUAGCGUGGGCUGCUUUGUGCUCAACAUCGCAGAGCUGCACUACCUGGGCUGGGUCUACAUCUUCCGCGUACUGUGCUCCGCUUGCUCCACCUGCUUCCAGCCCGAGAGCCACCCUGUAGGGCUGUACGACCACCACAACCCUCUGCUGCUGCAGCUCAAACACUCUCUGAGAGGCAGGCUGGUCCUGCAGACUCCUACGCCCAUGGCCCAGGAGAAGGCUGGGGGCCACCUGCUCACUCACGUCCCAGCCAUCUCCUUUGAGACCGACUCUACUGUGGAGUGCACCUCCAAGAGGACUCCGGAAGAGAGGGACCGGGUGAAGGUUAAACUGGCCAACAUGGCCUUGAUGGGAAGGAUCAAAAAGUCUUGGCUGUGAAAUGCCCAUUAUGUGUGAUUAUCGAAUUGAUCAUUUUCCACUUUUGAAACAACAAUGGGAAAGACAGGGUUUAUAGCAAAGUUUGCUCAGAUUGGGCUUUUGGAAAAAUUGGGAGAAUGGAAGUGCACUCCUGAUUCAGAGAGAAAGAUCCAGCUUAAUCAUCCAUACCAUUGUUUAAAUUACAAUAAAAAAACAUUCAAACUGUUCCUGAGUUUCGAAAGACAGAGAAAGGAAAACAUCAUUAUCUUCAGUCUGUUCACACCUGUUCACACAAGUCCUACUGUCCACAAUCUCAGGGUUCUUCAAUACAAACACACCUGUUUCAGAAAACCUGAUCACUUUCACAUUCAAACAAUGUUUGUAGGAUACUUUUCAAUAACUCAAUAAAUGUAAGUGUUGAAACCAUACAUAGCUGGUAACUUGAGCUCGGCAGAGUAGUUUUGACCUGUGUCCAGAUGCAGUCAUUUAUGUUGUCUAAAGGCAAUUUGUCUCUUAUAACAAUGUUGUUUUUCUGAAUAAUCUAAUUGAAUUGACUGGUAGGUAGUCACUAACUAUUUGUAGCAUGUGUUUCUCUGUUUAUUGAUAUUUGCAUGGUGUGUAUGUGUUAAGAUGUUAAGUAAUUAAUGUUGAUAUUAUCCAAAGGGUUUAACUGAAAUGUUAAAUGUUGGUGUCUCGA